AAAAAAAAAAAAAAAAAAAAAAAGGAAUUGGUGACUGUAUCCAAAGCUGACUUUAAAAUGCACUUUUAUUUUUAAUAACCAACAUCAGCCCAGCUGUCUUUAUUUGAGAGAAGAAACCUGUAGGCUUACUCAGAAAGUGGCCACCUCCUGCGAGGCCAGACGUUCCCAAAUGCCCCAAUGAUGAAGAAAGGAGACGGACAACAUGGUCUUUUUCCCAGAUUGCACUGUCAUCAUCCACUUGCUUUGCUCUGACCCCCUGUCGAGCGCCUCAAAGGUAGACAAGUCCCUUAAAGAUGGUGACUCUCUCUUGAGCUGCUGGACUACUUCCUACAAGAAAAGACCUUCUUAGAGGAGAAUAUGAAAGUGUCACUCGAGCUUGCUUUUUUCAUAGCUCUACUGAUUUCUCCUCUGGAGGCUGAAAAAUGUGAGGAACGUGAAGAACAAAUGAUUUCAGUUUCUUCUGCAUAUGAAAUUGAUGCCCGUUCGUGUCCUCUUAACACAAAUGAAAAAAACAGAACUAUAAGUUGGUACAAAAAUGGCAGCAAGACACGUAUAUCUACAGAAAGAGACUCCAGGGUUCAUCAGUACAAAGAUAAGCUUUGGUUUGUUCCUGCUGAGGUAGAGGAUUCAGGACAUUACUAUUGUGUAGUAAGAAAUUCAACUUACUGCCUCAAGACUAAAAUAACUAUAAAGUUUGUACAGCAUGAACCUAACAUGUGUUACAACGCACAAGCUAUAUUUCCACAGAGACUACUCAUUGGAGAAGAUGGACAACUUGUGUGUCCUUAUUUGUAUCAUUUUGAAGAUGAGUACAACGAAUUACCCAAAAUACAGUGGUAUAAGGAUUGCAAACCUCUCCUUGACAGUAUAAACUUUAUUGGAAAAACCAAUAAACUCAUCAUAAAGAAUGUGACUGAAGCACAUCAAGGGAACUAUACUUGCCAUGCAUCGUACGCAUACUUGGGAAAGCAAUAUCGUAUCACCCGGGUUAUAAAUCUUAUUACUCUAGAGAAUAUCAAGCCUACGAGGCCUGUGAUUGAGAGUCCAGUUAAUGAGACGAUGGAAGUGGUCUUGGGAUCCCAGCUCCAAUUGGUAUGCAAUGUUACUGGCCGGAUCGGUGACUUUGUCUACUGGAAGUGGAAUGGGUCCGUAAUUGAGGAGGAUGACCCGGUGCUGGUGGAAGACUACCCACCAGUGGGAAAUCAUCCAUCCAAAAAAAUGAAUACAAUCAUCGCAACGCUUAACAUUUCAGAAGUGAAAAGUAUAUUUUAUUUAUACCCAUUUACCUGUAUAGCCAAGAAUACAAAUGGUAUAAAUGCAGCAUAUAUCGAAUUAGUACAUCCAGUCCCCAAUUUCCAGAAGUACUUGAUUGGUGUAUUUGUCAUGCUAACAGUAGUAAUCACGAGCUCUGUUUUCAUCUAUAAGAUCUUCAAAGUUGACAUAGUACUUUGGUACAGGGAUUCUUGCUAUGAUUUUCUCCCCAAAAAAGCGUCAGAUGGAAAGACCUAUGAUGCGUACAUACUAUAUCCAAAGACCCUUGGGGAAGGGUCCACCUCUAACUCGGAUUUUUUUGUGUUUAAAGCCUUGCCUGAAGUCUUAGAAAACCAGUGUGGCUAUAAGCUCUUCAUUUAUGGAAGGGAUGACUAUGUUGGGGAAGACUUUGUUAAGGUCACUAACGAGAACAUAAAGAAGAGCAGAAGGCUGAUUGUCAUUUUGGUCCAAGAAUCAUCGGGGUUCAGCUGGCUGGGGAGCUCUUCUGAAGAGCAAAUAGUGAUGUACAAUGCUCUCAUUCAGGACGGAAUUAAAGUUAUCCUGCUGGAACUGGAGAAAAUUCAAGACUACGAGAAAAUGCCAGAAUCCAUUAAGUUCAUUAAGCAGAAACAUGGGGCCAUACACUGGUCAGGGGAUUUUACAGAGGAGAGAUUGCACUCUGCCAAGACAAAGUUCUGGAGAAACGUCAGGUACCACAUGCCAGUUCCGCAGCAGCCACCUUCCUCCAAGGACCGGCUGCUGUUCCUGGACCCCAGGCCAGACUCUAAGGAGACGCUGCAGAGGGAGGUCCACGUGUCUGUCGGGUAGCAGGGAGGAGCUUGGCCAAGAGUUCCCUAAGUGACUUACAGCAUCGCAGGCUGGCCUGUGCCUCCACUGACUUGUACAGUCACAAAAUGCACCGGUAUAGUCCCUGAUCCCCGUGGUCACCUGGAAUUGGAUUGUUAAGGAAGCAGGACGUGGCGACAAUAGCAGGCCAGGGCAAUUCAGAGCGGAGGGCUUGGGAAGGCCUUUCAAAAGGCAGCAAAUGCCCUGUGUGAAUGUUUGAACUGCUGAGAAAAGGCACAGGGAGAGCAAACAAGAGGAAAGAACAUGCAGGAAAUGCAUACUCAUAUCAUCUAGAGACGGUUUUAUGAAGCCAUUCACAGCUCAAGGGUGAGGUGGCCCAGUCUGGGGAUGGCAGGGUCACUGUCCCUGGAGUGGCCAGGGAAGAGUCUCGAGACUAUUGAUACUUCUGAGAGGAAAGUAGAAAUAUUCUUGAAGAACUUUCCACUCACUUUGCAUUUUCCAUAUGCAUCAACUGCCAGCAGUCAGUUUCCUAAGACUGAAUUUCAUUUUAGAGACCUUUAAAACUAUCAUUUCAAUGAGCAAAGGGAUUCUCCAGGAUUCUAAGCUUUUGAAAUAACCUUAGCUUUCCGCUGGAGGAAAGAGAAUUUGAAGAGCGAGAGUAGCAGAAAAUUGAUCCCCUUCUAAUGCGUUCCCCCUGGAAUGACCAUUCCGUCUACCUUACUCUUCUGCGUUUCAUUUGACUCACUUCUCUGAAAGGACAACGUCGAAGUCACUUCCUCCCUCUGCUCUGUCACGCACACAGCCCGCAGAUUACAGUCCUUCAUGAAAUGCUGCUCUCUUCUCAUCCUGCUCUUGCUAAAACGCCUGCACGGGGUCUCCUGGUUCAGGACCUGAAGCCACGUUCUCCCACUAGCACUUCAGUGCCGCCCCCAACCCCUAAUCUGUCCACACACACAGCCGUCCCCUCUCUGUUCUGCUGUGUGAAUUCCCAGGUCAGCCUCCUGUGCCUUCAAACUUGCCCCCAGCGCUCCUCCAUCUCUGUCUUUGACUUCAAGGCCUUCUCGAAUUUUCCCCAGCUGACCAGAAUUUUACUGAAUUUCAAAAUGUACUCUAACUCUAUUUCCUCAAAAGACAUUCCUCCAGGAGAUGCUGGCUGUCUCCUCUCAGUCCUGUAGUACUGACUGCUGGCCGUCACGGUAUGAGACGGUUGUUCCGUCUCCAGCCAGAAGCCUUGCCCUCUGCUGGACAGGUUGUGAGUGGGAGUCUCUUGCUUGUCCCAGUGCCUUCACAAGUAAUUUGCACAUAGGACAUAGAUUUGUGCAGCCCUUUAUUGUUUGAAAAUGCCCAUGGAUUGCCUAUUUAAUGUUUGUGCUGAUUUUAUAGCGAGUAAGUGACCUGUUGUGAAACAAUUACGUUCAGUACUUAUGGGACCCUGGGCCUUGCACGUCCCCUCCUGGCCUCUAGGACAGCGUUCUCUGAAGAUUUGAUCUCCGGUCCAUAAAUGUCCCUUUCACCCCUACCCUGGCGCUUUUGUGAGAAGAGAUGAGAGUUUUCUAGGAUGGGGGCUGAGUCUAGGAAUGCUUCUAUUUCACAAACCAAAUUCCAGUCUUUCGACUAUUGGGAUUUACAAAAAUUAUGUUUAGAUUUUUAUGAAAAAUCUUUUUUGCUUUCAUAUAUUCUUUCCCUAAAGGUAAAUGUUUCUUAGUUAAUUAAACAUGAAGGCAAAUUGGUGUUUUUGGUAUCGAAAAAAUAUUUUUAAAAACUUGAUAGUAGUCCUCAGGAUAAUUAGAGAAAAACCCCAGAAAACCACAAAGUCACGUUUCUGUGCCAUUUACUGAAGGGCCGGAGCACAAUUUUAAAAGUCCUAGGAACAUAGGCAGGCCUUCUGUUUUUCUAAUAUUUAAUAUUAUAGGUGAACACAAACUUUAAAAUUUUUUUCCCCCAAAAGUAGUCAGAACUAGACAGAAACAGAGUUUAAUGCCUUGAUUCCUCGCUUUCCACCUGUUUUCUCUUGGAUUUGAUCUGACCUCGUUGAGUAAUAGGGCUGUUUUGGAGCUGCUGUUUUUAUUUAUUUUUUUAUUUUCGUUUUUUUAUUAUUAUUAGUUUCAAGUGUAGAAAACAAUGUAAUAGUU